AUGUCUCUUGCCGGCCUAAGAUAUCUUAGGCAAAAUCCAGGCUUCCCUACCAGCCAUUCGGAACCCCGUAUUGCAGGCUCCAGUACCGAGUCGAACGAACCCCUAGGCAUCACUGCAUCAACCUCGUUUACCAUUGCAACCCCCGAACCACAUAACCGUCCGAGCGAGGCUGUCAUGGCGUUCAACAGUUCAACAAAGGAGGAAAAAUUUUCAAUCCGUCAUUUCGGUUGGCGUCAACGUGAUGGUCCAGAGCUCUUUGCGACUGGCCCAAGCUCCUUUCCCGAUUCGACCUAUCAUGGCGGCAAUUACUACUUCCUUUUGCGAAUUGGCGGCUUUCAACCUUCCGAUAACUUCCGCCGGGUCGCAUUGUUUCAUUCCAACGAGAAUGGUGAUAAUGUUCUUGAAACCUCACUUCUAGGGCAUCGAAUGCUUCCGUCUGCUUGGAACCUCCGACGAAUUUCUCGACCUACCUAG